UCUUCAAUCUUUCAUAUAUAUAUAUAUAUAUUUUGUUAUAUACAAAUAUAUAUACAUGAUCAGCUCGAUAUCGAUUUUAGCCCGAUAUCGAGCUAACCUUAUUAGCCCAUUUUAGCUCAUUCAUAUAUUGUCCUAGCUAGAAAUAUAGAUAUAUAAAAAAUGGACAGGGCAGCACAAUUGAAACGUGGAAUAUCGAGACAAUUCUCAACAGGAUCAAUGAAACUAAGCGCGAAAUUUAGUUUCAAACGACAAAACUCAUUGGAUCCACGUAGUAAUAACGUACGGUUUAGUUUAGGGAGGCAGUCGUCGUUAGACCCGAUAAGAAGGAACCCGAAUACGAAAGACGAGUUGAGCUUGCCAGGAAACCUUGAUUCCACAAUGCAAUUGUUGUUUGUGGCGUGUAAGGGAGAUGUUCAAGGGGUUAAAGAUUUGCUUGAUGAAGGUGUGGAUGUGAAUAGUAUUGAUCUUGACGGCCGUACGGCUUUGCAUAUUGCUGCUUGUGAAGGACAUGUUGAUGUUGUUCAGUUUUUGUUGAGUAGAAAGGCUAACAUUGAUGCCCGUGAUCGUUGGGGCAGCACGGCAUGUGCAGAUGCCAAGUACUAUGGUAAUGUAGAAACAUAUAAUAUAUUGAAGGCUCGUGGGGCCAAAGUUCCGAAAACCAGAAAGACGCCGAUGUCUGUUGCAAAUCCUCGAGAGGUUCCUGAGUACGAGCUCAAUCCUCUUGAGCUUCAGAUCCGCAAAAGUGAUGGGAUCUCAAAGGCAAGACUACUUUCAAGCUUGGGAACUUAUCAGGUUGCAAAAUGGAACGGCACAAAAGUAUCUGUAAAAAUACUAGACAAAGAUAGCUAUUCUGACCCUGAAAGCAUAAAUGCUUUCAAACAUGAGUUGACCUUAUUGGAGAAGGUUCGGCAUCCUAAUGUGGUUCAGUUUGUUGGAGCUGUCACCCAAAAUGUACCCAUGAUGAUCGUUUCCGAAUAUCAUCCCAGAGGUGACCUUAGUUCUUAUCUCCAAAAGAAAGGACGUUUGUCGCCAUCGAAAGCUCUAAGAUUUGCUCUUGAUAUUGCCAGGGGCAUAAACUAUCUUCAUGAAUGUAAGCCAGACCCAAUCAUCCACUGCGAUUUAAGGCCAAAAAAUAUUUUGCUGGAUAGUGGGGGCCAGUUGAAGGUUGCAGGAUUUGGGUUGAUCAGAUUAUCCAAAAUAUCGCCUAAUAAAGCAAGAUUAGCACGGCCCGUUACCAUUGAUCAAACAAACUUAUAUAUUGCACCAGAAAUUUUUAAAGAUGAACUAUUCGAUAGAGGUGUGGAUGCGUACUCUUUUGGCCUUAUUCUAUACGAGAUGAUGGAGGGUAUCCAACCAUUUCAUCCCAAGGUUCCCGAGGAGGCUGUUAAGCUAAUGUGUGUUGAUGUCAAAAGACCUUCAUUCAAGAUAAAAUCCAAAUAUUACCCUCCGGAUCUAAAAGAAUUAAUCGAGGAGUGUUGGUGUCCAGAUUUGAGUAUAAGGCCAUGUUUUUCUGAGAUCAUCGUACGACUUGAUAAAAUUGUUGGGAAUUGCUCUAAAAAUGGACGGUGGAAAGACGCUUUUAAGCUCCCAUGGUUAUAAUGGUUAUGAUCGGUAAAAUGAUGAACAUGAAGUGAUUUAGUUGGCGAGAGACUCCAUGUACAGGGAACUUUGUGUCGUGGUCAUUAUACUUUCGUAUAGGGUAUACCUGGAGGACGGAUAACUGGUAAUGAGGGUGUGUAAGCAUAAUCUGAGUUACAAAAGCUGGAAUAAUAAAGUGGAAUCGUCACAAUAACUAGGCUUUAUGUUUUCUUUGUUUACAUUUUUGUGAAAAUUGUUUUUGUGUAUCCAAAGUUGAUAUGAAAUGUGAUAUAUUUGUACGAGCA